AUGUUUUUUUUCUUUGUUUUUCUAGGAUCUAGUUCAGGAUCAAAAUUAAAAGUUCCUGAGCUGAGUAUAAAUGGCACACAGCAUGUUGUUCAAGUGGGCCAGACUUUGAAUCUCACAUGCAGGGGGGAAAUGGUUCAUUCAUGGUCUUUGCCUGAAACUCUAAGCAAGGAUAGCAAAAGGCUGAAAGUAAUUAAGUAUGCCUGUGGAAGGAAUGGGAAGCAGUCCUGCAGCAGCCUGACCUUGAGCAGAACUCAAGCUAGUGACACUGGGAACUAUAGCUGCAAAUACCCAACAAGUCCAGCAAAAAAGAAGAAGGAAUCUACAGUCUAUGUAUUUAUUAACGAUACAGGCAAUCCAUUUGUGGAGAUGUAUAGUGAUAUACCUAAAAUAAUAUACAUGACUGUGGGAAGAGAAAUGAUUGUUCCAUGCAGAGUCACAGCACCAAACGUUGCUGUUACUUUAGAAAAGAUUCCAGGAGAAACCCUAAUUCCUGAUGGCAAAACAAUAAUCUGGGACAGCAUGACAGGUUUCAGAAUACCUAAGGCAACCUACAAAUUCAUCGGGCUCCUGAGCUGUGAGACAACUGUCGGUGGACACACAUAUAGCACAAAGUACCUAACGCACCGAGCAACCAACACAAUUUUUGAUGUUCAGUUAAGCACCCCACGUCUCGUCAAGCUACUGAAGGGAGACAGCCUAGCAAUUAACUGCACCGUCACCGCAGCCUGGAACACCAGAGUGCAGAUGACAUGGACUUAUCCUGGAGAGACAAGGAGAAGGGGUUCUGUAAUGCAGCGUAUUGACAAGAAUGCAGAAGCCAAUGUUUUUUACAGCAUCCUCAUUGUUGACAAAGUGCGUGAUAUUGAUAAAGGCCAGUAUACCUGCCAUGUGAAGAGUGGGCCAUCGAUCAAAGCUGUUAACACAACAGUCAUUGUUUACGAUAAAAUGUUCAUUAAUCUGAAGCGUCGAAGAAAAACUACCCUGGAGGCUGUAGCUGGAAGAAAAUCCUAUCGUUUGUCAAUGAAAGUGAAGGCAUUUCCCUCUCCAGAGGUUAUAUGGUUAAAAGAUGGGCUACCUGCUGCUGAAAAAUGUGCCCGGUACAUAAUUAAAGAUUAUUCAUUAAUCAUCAAGGAUGUUGCUGAGGAAGAUGCUGGAAACUACACUAUAAUAUUGAGCAUACGACAGUGGAACUUGUCAAAGAAUCUUACAGCCACUCUUAGGGUAAAUGUGAAACCCCAGAUAUAUGAAAAUGCCGUGUCAUCAUUCCCUGAUCCCAAUCUGUACUUACUGAGCAGCAAACAAGUGCUGACAUGCACUGUGUAUGGUAUUCCUCAGCCUAAAAUUACAUGGAUAUGGUAUCCCUGUAGACAAAACCAUUCUAAAACAAGGCAUGGCUUUUGCUUUUAUACUGAAGGAUCUUUCAUCCUGAGACCUGGCAGCAACAUAGGUAACAGGAUCCAGAGCAUCACUGAGCGAACGGCUGUAAUAGAGGGCAAAAACAAGACCGCUAGCACUCUUGUUGUAGCUGAAGCCAAAUCUUCUGGAAUCUACAGCUGUGUGGCAUCCAAUAAAGUGGGAAAAUCUGAAAGAAAUGUCAGCUUUAUUGUAACAGAUGUACCAAGUGGAUUCCAUAUUAGUUUGGAAAAAAUGCCCAUUGAAGGAGAGAAUUUGGUAUUGUCCUGUUCGGCCAACAAAUUCCUGUACAAAGACAUUGCUUGGAUUUUACCGAGGACAGUCAACAAUCAAACGAAAGCAAAAAAGUCUCAUAACAAGGAGUACUCCAUCACCCUCACUCUGACCAUCAAAAAUGUUUCCCUGGCACACUCUGGCACCUAUGCCUGUCGAGCAAGGAACAUAUACACGGGGAAAGAAGUGCUUCAAAAGAAAGAUGUUACAAUCAGAGCUCAAGAGGCACCAGCUCUGCUGCGGCAGCUUACGAAUCAGACAGUGAACGCCAGUAACUCUGCCAUGUUGGAGUGCCAGGUUCAUGGCAUCCCUGAGCCUCAGAUAUCCUGGUUUAAAAACCAUGAGGAAAUACAGCAAGAACCAGGAAUAAUUUUAGGGCCUGGAAGCAGAAUGCUGUUUAUAGAAAGAGUAAAAGAGGAGGAUGAAGGACUUUACCAGUGUAUAGCCACCAACUUCAAAGGGUCCGUGGAGAGUGCAGCAUACGUCACAGUACAAGGCAUACCGGAGAGGUCAAACCUGGAGCUGAUAACCCUGACCUGUACCUGUGUGGCUGCAACACUGUUCUGGCUCCUGUUGACCCUCUUCAUUCGCAAGCUGAAGAGGCCUUAUUCCUCUGAAACGAAGACAAACCAUUACCUGUCAAUCAUAAUGGAUCCUGAUGAAGUCCCCUUAGAUGAGCAGUGUGAACGUCUGCCUUAUGAUGCCAGCAAGUGGGAAAUUGCAAGAGAGAGGCUUAAACUAGGUAAUAUUGGCAUACUUCACAUUGAGUUUUCAGUGAUGGAAAAAGAGGUACCUGUAACUACAG